AUGCAUAUUUUCCUUCUACUCAUAAAUUUCCUUCUACUCAAAUUGACUCAAAGUAAAGGAAAAUAUGAUUUCGGUCCAAAUCAAUUGGCAUCGAAUGUUUGGUACAAACCAAAGGGACAAUUAAUCAAUGGUCAUUACGAACAUAGUUAUUCGAAUUUUACCUUAUGGCCAAAACUUCGACAACAUCUGAUAAAAAACAAUGGUUCAAUAUCAAUUCAAGCCUCAGAAAUCGGUUAUAUGACCAAUGACAUGUUAAUGGCUUUUCGUCGACAGAAUCUUUCCAUCAUUGCCGUUUCACCUGCAUUUACUCAAUGUUAUGAUGGAACAUCGUUAGGUUUAUUAGAAUUCUAUGGUCAAUCACCAUCAAAAGACAAUUUAUUUUGUCAAAUAUUUCAAAUCUGUGAUCCGAUCGAUCGACAAGAUCCGAAUGGAAACGGAUGGUUCGUAACAAAAGAUGGGUUUUCGUUUACACCUGAUCUAUUAAAUUUUGAUGAGCGAAUGCCCAAUUUAGUUUCAUAUCUCGAUUACGAUAAAUUAAUCAAUCGAACAGCUAAUCCAAUUCAAUGGUAUUUUCCAAAUCUUUCAUGGAAUGAUCGAAAAGCGUUCGCUCGUAUCGAUCCUUGUCCUCAAGCAGGUUCGAAUCGCACCGCGAACUUAAUGUCCGAUUAUGUCAAAUACAUUUUGAUAAUGAAGCAAAAGUUCAACUCAACAAAAAUUCCCCAAAUUCAAAUCAAUUGGAAUGUUAUCGAAGGUUGGGAAUGGCGAGACGAAUCUUGUCUUGAUCUUCUCCAUGCAAAAUAUCCAAAUGCAUCAGAUUUCGAUCAUGCUUAUCGAUAUGUCACAGAGCCUUGUCAUCACGAUAGUCAAUACUUGAAAGAACUAGUCAAAUUACUUUGUUCGAUUAAUACAUGUCCACAAGUUGUUUAUAUGGAUAUGGAUUUGACUUAUAUAACGUCAUAUUCAUUGGAAGUUCUUCGUUUAAACAAACAGAUCUUAAAUAAACUAAAUAUUUCAUUUGGAAUUAAUUUGGUUGAUCAAUGUGUGGAAUUUGACAAUUGCGUAGUGGAAAUUCUUUCCUCACAAGUCGUGUUAAAUCUCGAUGCUCAUUCGAAAUACCCGAAUUUGACUCGAAAUCAAAUGCAAGAAUUGAGUUUGAUGAACGUUUUGAACUUUUUGAUUAAUCAAACGGUUGUUGACAAAGAUACACAUAUCGCAAUCACAAGUUGGACAACGUGGCCAGUGGAAAUCAAUGAAGCUAUCAUUGAAUCAACAGCCGGAGGAAUGGCUCAUACAGCAAACGAAAUCUUUGAACAAAUUUUAAUCCCAAAUUCAUUUGCAAAUUGA